CUCUACAAACAAAAGCGAAUGCGUCACGACAAGAUCCCAUUGCGAUACCCGGCGAAAUUCGAUGAUUUCCCAUUCAUUAUAGCCUGACAGAAAACAUGGUUCGCGGACGGGCAACGGCAAGGGGGGGCCGCAGAGGCGCCGCCGCCGCCGGAGUCACCAGAUCUUCCACCACCGACACAACAGACACAGCUUCAGCCUCAGCGGGCGAGGCGACACCGGCAGGCUCGGACGCCGGCGCCGGCCCAAGCACAGUGCGUCGCGGCACAACCCGGGCGACACGAGCCGCCUCAACAGGAAGAUUCAAGCCGAAGGCGGUGCGAAGAGAUGAGGCCGAGCGAGACUCCCUAGCACGACAGGAGGAGCAAAAGGCGACGGAGAGAGCAGCAGCAGAGCGACGAGCGCAAGGGCGCUCAAGAUUCCGCAGCAAACGGAGUCGCGGAGAUGCAAUGGGCAGCAGAGGCGGUCGUGGGAUUACCACGGCGAGCGGGCCGUUUGGAGGAGGCAUUGGAGGCUCAUCGGGACGAGCCGGUGGCUGGUUCGGAGGAGGCGGCGCGGGGAGCGGACCUGGCGGCGGCUUCCACGGUGCCGGAGGCAGGUCGGGCAAAUCCGAGGGCAAAGGCUUCGCCGAGGCUGAUGGAUCACGAAUGCGCGAGGCGAGAAUCAACGCCGACAAACUACACGUCAUGGCUCCGGAGGAGGAGCUCGACAGCGAAGACGAGGCCAUGAUGGCGGCGCUCAGCGGUCGGGCGCCAAGCGCCAUGCCCAUGGGCAUUUACAGAAGGGAACACAAGGAGACGGGGAUCGUCGUCGCCACCACAGCAGAGCUCGAGGCGGCCGAAAACGCAACGGGGGAGGAAGAGAGCCUCUGGGUCGACGGCGACGGCUCCCUGCCGCUGGAACAGCAGCCAGAGGAGGAGGGCGUCUGGGAUCCCAGGCUGGAGGAGAAGGUCGCCAUCAAGAAGGAGCCCGACACCGAGGACCCCAUGGACAUUGACCCUACGCUAACAUCUCCGAAACAAGAGAGGGAGCCUAUACCGGUCGCAAAACCCAAGAAGGAGAUACCCCAAGAUCCCGAGGAAAAGAUUAUCCAAGCCGACAUGCAUCUGCUCGCCAGCGAGCUGGGGGCCAUCACCGUGACCGAAGAGGAUGGGGCAACCAAGUCGGAAGGCCCGUCGAACAAGGACGGCCGCAUGUACUUGUUCCAGUUCCCGCCGUUAAUACCGCCGCUCAAGCAAGUGGCGGCGCCGCGACCAAAGGUCAAGCAGGAAGAUACAGCGUUCGACAUGGCGGGCGCGCCGGCGGCGUCCGUGGACCUCACCCAAGACGACAGCCGGCGUGCCACUGCCGGUGGGGACGACGACGACGAAGAUGAAGACGACGACGAGACGGGCGGGUUCAGGUCACAGUUGCUGUCACAAGGCGGCAUGAUAGGCAGGCUCAACGUGCGCAAGUCGGGCAAGGUGGAGCUCGACUGGGGCGGGACGACGCUGGAGCUGAGCCCGGCGGCGGGCAUGAACUUUGUGACGACGGCCGUCAUCAUGGAGGAGAACGACGAGAAGCCGCAGCACGGGGUCAUCGGCGGCGACAGCAUCGGCAUGGGCAAGAUCAUGGGACGCUUCGUCCUGUCGCCGAUGUGGAACGACGAGGAGGAGUGGAACGUCGCGGCCGAGGAUCUGGCCGUCCCUGAGUCAUAGCACUGGCGAUGCCGCUACCACCUCGAAACAUUAUGCAGGUACGCGGUGCGAAUGAAUAUACAGGGCUACGUGCCGUAACGCGAGCAAAGGCGCCGCCGGCACAUGGCCGUCGUCUCAUCUGCUGGAGGCCCCUCGCUAGUUGGAGUGGUGGUCUCAGGUGUGCCGUCCAGGUCCUUUGCUUCGUUGUUUGUUUGGGCUCUCCCUGCCGUGUGAUGGUGGGAACGGUGUCCUGUGAGAGCCUUUCAUCAUCCCGGCUGUCGGGACCCAAGGCCGUCGACGUACUCGCGUCCGAAGCCCACCAUCCGUCCCCCCC